GGGGCCGCCCGCGCGCGUGCGCAGAGAGGCCAGCGCGGUCCCGCGGAGAAGCCGAGCGGUGCGGUGCGCCAAGGGUGUGGGAUGACAGGCUGGUUAGCAGAAAGCCCCCAGAGCCGGGGCCUUAGGAUUUAGCUGCUCUUUGUCCCCCUCCUGGAAGCCCGGGAAGCCUCUUCCUAGACACAUCAGGCACCAUGGACUUCCCGGGGUACAACUGCUUUGUGGACAAAGACAAGAUGGACGCUGCCAUCCAGGACCUGGGGCCAAAGGAGCUGAACUGCACCGAGCUGCAAGAACUAAAGCAACUGGCACGUCAGGGUUACUGGGCUCAGAGCCAUGCCCUGAGGGGCAAGGUGUACCAGCAGCUGAUCCGGGACAUCCCCUGCCGCACAGUCACGCCCGAUGCCAGCGUGUACAGCGACAUCGUGGGCAAGAUUGUGGGCAAGCACAGCAGCAGCAGCCUGCCCCUGCCCGAGUUUGUGGACAACACCCAGGUGCCCAGCUACUGCCUGAACGCACGGGGCGAGGGGGCAGUGCGAAAGAUCCUGCUGUGCAUCGCUAACCAGUUCCCCGACAUCUCCUUCUGCCCCGCCCUGCCCGCUGUGGUCGCCCUGCUGCUGCAUUACAGCAUCGACGAGGCCGAGUGCUUCGAGAAGACCUGCCGCAUCCUGGCCUGCAACGACCCCAGCAAGAAGCUGAUCGACCAGAGCUUCCUGGCUUUCGAGUCCUCCUGCAUGACGUUUGGGGACCUGGUGAACAAGUACUGCCAGGCAGCCCACAAACUGAUGGUGGCUGUGUCCGAGGACGUGCUUCAGGUCUACUCCGACUGGCAGCGUUGGCUCUUUGGGGAGCUGCCCCUCAGCUACUUCGCCCGCGUCUUUGACGUCUUCCUGGUGGAGGGCUACAAGGUGUUGUACCGCGUGGCUCUGGCCAUCCUGAAGUUCUUCCGUAAGGUGAGAGCGGGGCAGCCCCUGGAGUCGGACAACGUGAAGCAGGACAUCCGCCUGUUCGUCAAAGACAUUGCCAAGACGGUAUCCCCUGAGAAGCUGCUGGAAAAAGCCUUUGCCAUCCGCCUGUUCUCCCGCAAGGAGAUCCAGCUCCUGCAGAUGGCCAACGAGAAGGCGCUGAAGCAGAAGGGCAUCACCGUCAAGCAGAAGAGUGUCUCGCUUUCUAAAAGGCAGUUUGUGCACUUGGCCGUCCACGCCGAGAACUUCUGCUCGGAGAUUGUCAGUGUGAAGGAGAUGAGAGACAUCUGGUCCUGGAUCCCCGAGCGGUUUGCGCUCUGCCAGCCGCUCCUGCUCUUCUCCUCCCUGCAGCAUGGGUACAGCCUGAGCAGGUUCUAUUUCCAGUGUGAGGGACACGAGCCCACCCUCCUGCUCAUCAAGACCACACAGAAGGAGGUGUGCGGAGCUUACCUGUCCACUGACUGGAGUGAGAGAAACAAGUUUGGAGGCAAACUGAGCUUCUUCGGGACUGGAGAGUGCUUUGUCUUUCGGCUGCAGCCAGAGGUGCAACGUUAUGAAUGGGUGGUCAUCAAGCACCCCGAGCUGACCAAACCAGCGUCCUUCAUGUCCUCAGAGACAACCGCCGCCCCCUCCCUGCUCAGCCAGUCUGUCUCCUCAGACCCUGCUGACCGGCUCUCACCCUUCCUGGCUGCCAGGCACUUCAAUCUGCCCUCCAAGACGGAGUCCAUGUUCAUGGCUGGGGGGCAUGACUGCCUCAUCAUCGGGGGCGGAGGCGGCCAAGCACUCUACAUUGACGGGGACCUGAACCGGGGCCGCACCGGACACUGCGACACUUUCAACAAUCAGCCGCUCUGCUCGGAGAACUUCCUCAUCGCCGCCGUGGAGGCCUGGGGCUUCCAAGACCCCGACACCCAGUGACGGGCCUGCGCUGGUGGUGACUGAGCCGCUGUGGGGUGAUGGGACAGAGGCCAGGCCGUCUCUUCGGGGAGCAGGGAGUGAGUGACACCCUCCACGUAAUCGAACCUUGCUGAGCCUGGCCCUGCUUGAAGGUUGCCCUUCCAUGAUCGUGAACUUGGGCUCCCUGAGCUCCCCGGCUUCCGGAUUAGAGUUGAAGGGGCUGCUGUGCUCCCAGUCCUGUCCAUAUCUGAGUUGAAGGCACCCACUGCGCUCACCUAGGUUCCUGGCUUUCUGUCCUGUGGCCAAGGCUGUGUGAAUGGGGGUGGGGGGGGGUUGGGCUACAGCUUCCUGAGCCUCUUGGAACCAUCAGCCCCUGAUGGGAAAGGUACAGGAGCCUUCUUGCCAAAGGUGGGUUCUUGGUGCGCCCUGCUGGUGGUUUGAGGUAUCGCAAUCCUCCCGAGGCGCCUGCAUUGCCUGAGGCCUCUGACCUGGUCCAGGCGCUAGUGGGUGCCUCCUCUAGUUGAUCCACAGCUCCCCAGGCUGGAUUCGCUGCUGCAAGUUGUUGGGGGUGGGAGAGGAGCAGCAUUUGUGCUGAACUUUGCAGCUCCCCCUAUUCUGCCAGGGAUGAGGGCUGGCAGGUGACAGAAUGCGUCCUUGCACGUUUAUAUAGUCUGAGCUUUUUGCUGGGCCCAGCUGCAAGAGCACUCCUGAAGAUGGCCUCUGGAGGGACUUUGACCAGCCCCACCAGCUAGCUCCGUUUCCAGGGCCCGCCUGGGCUCACCCCUUCCCAUCCCUGUACCUCCUGGAACUUCCUGCAGUCUCUGGGGCUGCUUUGCGUCCCUUCCUUGUCACUGUGGUAACUGGGGCCCUAGCUUUGCAUGACUGUCUCAAUCCAGCUCCAUUCCCUUCUCCUCCCCAGGGUCUGUGCCUCAAGGUAACUGCUCACACGGCACCUCCUGGGCCAGCAUGACCCUCCUGGCACUGUGGCUGGUCACAUGUCAUGUUGUGCUGUAUACUGCCCCUUCUCCUGCCAUGACCUUCAGAUCCCUGGGUGUCAGUAUUUUCUGAGUCCUUCGUGGACCUGGUGCAGGGUGGGUGCUAAGGGACGAGUUGCUGUGUUUGUUACAGGAGCUCCACCUUCCCACGACCUCUCUUCCCCUCUGACCUCCCUCAGCUGGUCCUGAGGGGCUGGACACCACAGAGGGACAUGGGGGAAGUCGCGGCUCAAACCGCCAUGCUAGAGCCAAGGAGGCUGGGUCGUGGGGACAGGUGCCCCAUGGACCUAGGUCUGGCACACCCUGAGAGUUGCCGUGGGCUUGUCCCCGCACUGCUGCUUGCUGUUCCUCUGAGCAGUUGGUUCAUCCUUCCUGCCCACUUACCCACAUCCCUUCGACAGGGCAUAGUGUGAUGGGAGGCAGUGCCCCUCUGGGCAAGCUGACAAACCUUCCUGGACUCAAGCUUCCCACCUGCGCAAAGGCCAGUGCUCCAGCCCGCCGGCUUCAGGACGGGUCGGCGCCGACCUGUGUGGAGGGGAGAAGUGACCGGAAGAGCUGUUGCUUCCCCAGAGCACUGCAGCCCUUCCCGUCCUCUUCCUCGAGCCCCCUCCCCGGGCCUGCGCUGCUGACUGGUGCUCACUAAGCACCGCCUCGGUUCUGUCGGGGGGGUUGGUUUGUUCUUGAGACAAGGUCUUGCUACAUAGCCUAGAUUGGCCUGGAACUCACUGUGUGACCCAGGCUGGCCUUGAAAUCACUAUCUUCCUUGCCUCGGCCUCCCGAAAGCUGGGAUUGCAGGCAGUUGGCCCAAGUCAACUCUGUGUGUGGCGUUGACCCCAGGGCUCUGAGUCUAGUUUCCAGCCAGCAGGGCUUCCCCAGGCUGCUCUGUCGUGGUGCUCGUCCGCGCGUCGUCGCUGAGACUUUGAGGGCCUUUCAGGAGCACACGGGCUUAAACGGAGCAGUGCGUAGGACUCUGAGCAAGCUCCCUGACCAGUGAGCGCAGCAGGUUCUGUGGGACGGCCGAGGGCCCUGCUCUGGCGUGGUGGAGGUCCAGGCGGGCAAGGGCAAGUGCCACUUAGUCAUAACGACGUCGUAAGCCUUUGCUUUAGGUACACAGAACGCUCAAUGCUUAUUUAAUAACUUUUUCUUGACUUUUCUACCAAAAGAUAUAUGUGAUUACUUUUACUUUUUAAAAUUUUUAUCAUGUUCCUAUCUAAUACUGAGUGUUCCCGCUUAGUAUUUAAUUUUAUUAAUGUUUUCUAUUAUCCUUUUUUUUUAAAUAUUUUUAUUUAUUGCAGGCAGAGAAAGAUAUAAGAGAUACAGACAGAGAGAAUGGGCGUACCAGGGCCUCCAGCCAGAUGCACGCGCCACCUUGUACAUCUGGUUUUCGUGGGUAAUGGGCCAGGUCGGUAGGUUUUGCAGGCAUGCCGCUUAACCACUGAGAAAUCUCUAUUAUUUCUUGAUUAUUUAUUAGAUUUUGAUAUUGAAAACAAGCCACAAUAUGGUGGCAUUACACGAAUUACCAUUUUUGCAAGCAUUUAAAAUUUUUUGUUUGUUGUUUUCUGGUUUUUCAAACUAGAGUGUCACUGUCCUGGAAUUCACUGUGUAGUCCCAGGCUGGCCUUGAACUCACGGUGAUCCUCCUACCUCUGCCUCCCAAGUGCUGGGAUUCAAGGUGUGCGCCACCAUGUCCAACAAACAUUUACUUUUAAGACAAAAUUGAACCCAACUUAAACCAGUUCACUAAAUUAAAUGAGUUUGUUAAUACAAACCAUAUACCUCGAGGUCUUUAGAAAAUGAGGGGGUUAUUUGUUUUUGAGAGAGUCCAGGUUAGCCUCGAGUUUACUACGUAGCUGAAACUGGCCUUAAACUCCUGACUGUCCUGCCUCUACCUUCCAAAUGCAGGAAUUACAGGUGUUGCCACCAUGCUUGGUGAAAAUCAGUUUGUUUUUAAAUUUAGUUUAAAUUAAAAGUUU